GCACAAGCACAAAAGUUUUUACUUGGUGAUAUUACAUUAUGUCCUGAGCUACGAUAACGUGGAAAACCGUGGGGUUUAGUCCGUCUUUCUACUACGGUCCAAUACGUGCUUUCUAGGUUAAUCAGCGUCUCCCAACCGCAAGGUGUGCGGGUCCCUAGACAGACGUGCGUCAUCUCCACGCUGUCUUGUCUUGCGCCCCUUGUUGCUAAAUAACUAAAUAAUUUCUGAGACAUCAUCAUCUGUGAGUCUCAAAAAAUUGCUUAUUUCCCGAAACUUCUUUUCCGCUUUUGUAGAAUGAAGUUCAGAACUUAGUUCCACGAUUUUCAAUGUGUUUUCCUUGGAUUAAGCAAACGGAAACUUAACGCAGCUGCGCCGGCGAAGGUGCGUAAAGCGAGUUUGUGGGAAAGUACCUGGCAAAGAUCCAAAUGCGAAGCAAUAACUUACAGAAAUGAAAGUGAAAGAAGUCUGUAAAAACUACCGCUCCGCCCCAGGACAGUGAUUUAAAAACUGAAAACAAGGGCCGCGUAAAAAGCGCCUGGAUGGCCUUGAGCUUCUGUGGCUGGGAGAGCCGGCUGGACGGGCGGCGACUGAAGCCGGGCCAGGCGCCCAAGCGGGGCCACGGCUACACCAUGUACCACGGGACGCACAAGAGCAGCGCCCGGGCCAUCGUCACCUCCGGCUUCCGGCCGUCCUCGGGAGGCACGCUGGGGCCGGGCGUCUACUGCAGCAGGGACAUCAGCAAGGCCAUGGGCUACCCUGGCUCCUGCAGCCCCGGCGACAGGGUGGUCCUCCUGCUCCGCGUCCGGGUGGGCAGGGUCAAGAAGAUCGACGGCCACGGCGCGCUCCUGCAGACGAGCUGGCACCAGCAGGGGUACGACACGGCCUGGCUGCCGCCCUCGCCGGGCCGCUGCGAGGAGGACUGCGUGUGGGACCCCGGCAGGCUGGCGGUCGUGGGCGUGGCUCACUGCGCCGACCCGGCAGUCAAAAGCGAGCUGGAGACGCUGAUCAGGCGCCAGGGGCAGGGGCAGGGGCAGGGGCAGAGGGCCCAGUGCAAGACGUGCGGGCGGCACACCGAGGCCUCUCACACCGUGGGCAAGUGCUGGGGCUGCGGAGAAAGUAUCUGCCCCUUCAUGACCAAGCAUGUCUGCAGGAGGGGUGGCUGACUGAAGAUAAAAGUUUAAAAAAAAACAAUCACAGACUUUCCCCGGUCUCUGCUGGUUCUGAAGAGUUGAGGGAGAAGUUUACCGCUACACUCUUGCAGGUUUCGCAGUGGCUUUGCUGACAGGAGCACAGUGCUCGUGUUUCUGUACAGGCUUUUGCUUCCCCCAUGUGCUUUACUGCACUUUACUGUGCUUUUAUCGUGGUAUACCACCGAAAGUAAUUGAUUUGCCGCAGUGGUGCACUCCAGCCGUGCCUUUUCCCCCUCCCGCCUGAGCCAAGCCUUGCUUACUUUUGCAUUGGUGCAGUUGAUCUUUUCUGCCUUGACGUUGGAUCCUCCUGCUGCCCUUUUCGUGAUGUAAUGGCCGGCCUGAGAACACAUGACACGCCGUGUGAGAAUAAAUAAUUCAGAUGCCGGUAGUGUGGCCCUUCUAAGGCCAGAGAUUCCUGAGGCCUGAGCUUCUGUGACACAGACCUGGCUGUUUUUGUAUGGGACACAGUGAGCAGGGCUCUACAGGGGGCAGAGAAGGUUACCCUGAAAAACGACGACUGCUGGCCCCUAGCCGUGAUCUAUUUCAGCCCAGUAGGUGGUGCACUCUGCCCCUUGGUUUGUGGAUUUAAUCUUACCCACGAUGUUCUUUGUGCCACCUAAGCAGCAGAUUUCUAUUUUAGCUUUUAUACUCCUUGAAAUCCUGGAAAGGUCAUCUUUUAAAGGGUCUUCUUCUAACCGACAGCCUCAGUCUGUCCGCAAAGGAUGAAAAAAAACUGAGAAAUGGAAAUCUAUGCGCGGGGAAAAUAAUUUCCUCAAACUCCCCCCUCUCCCAGACAUGCAUUGGCUUGACCGGGGUGUUUGAUGUGAUUUGCUUCACUAGUGAAUGUGAUUAGCCAAGGUGCUUGUUUCACAGAUUUGUGAAGAUAGUGUCUGCCCUCUGAAAGAUGAAUAUUACGAUGCGCUUCCUGGUGGUAACGCUCAGCAAACUAAGAUAAAGCCCUUGUAAGACUGACAUCUGAUUGUGUGAGUAUGAUUAAUA